AUGUUAACACAUCAGAUGUUUUGUAACUAUUUCCCUUUAGAUUCAAUUGCAUGUGUUAGCAAAACAUAAGGAAUAAAAUGUUAUUACAAUUAGUUUGAGAGUUCUUGCAUGGAUACUUCAUCGACAAGUCAUGGUUGUUUACCGACAUUAAAUCAGUUAGCAUGCUUAAAUUAACUUACUAAUCAGAUUGGGGAGGAAGCUCGAUGCAUAUUUGGAAAGAGAUGUGUAUCAAUUAAACCUACUCAUCUGGCAAAGUUAGGUUGCUAUGAGAGGUUCUCGAAGUACUCAUGCACAAAUGUAGCUAACAAGGAUUGUAUUUGGAAUGGAAACAAAUGCACUGAAUAUUUAAGUAAUGUUCCCGAUGGAGAUUAAUGUGAGGCUAUAUUUGGAAAUUCUGUAACACCUUCUAUGUGUUAGAAGAUUUAAAAUUUGAAAUGCAUGAAUGGCGGCUUUUCUCAAGAUUACAAAUGUGUAAGUGUCAAUGAAUAAGGAUUAGCCAAGUUGAAAUGCACAGGUCUAGGAAUAAACUAAGAUACUUGCAUUUCAAUUACAACUUCCAAUCAAUAAUGUAUAUUCAUUCAGAACAAGUGUCAAGAGAUAAAAUCAGUAAACAUUAAUAAAUGUGAAAUGAACUUCAAUAGGCUAGGAUGUCUUGGUAUUUAUAAUCCAAAGUUGCUGUGCUAAUGGAAAUCAGGGAAGUGUUAAAGCUUUGUUAAAACAAUAGAUUUAAAAUGUGAAAACGUUAAAGAAGUAAAUUAGAGUGUUUGUUAAUAAUUCGAAGGUAAAUGUAAAUUUGAUACUUAAAACUUUGUUUGUAAAGUACCAGCAAUUGCAGAUAAGUUAACAUGCAAUACAUAAGGGUUAACUAAAGAACUUUGUUUAUCAUUGAAAAAUUAAUAUUGUACAUUUACGAAUGGUAAAUGCGAAUCGAUCACCUUAGAAGAUUUAAAAUAAUUUUAAUGUGAAAUGUCACUAAAUGAAGAUGCUUGUGUGAAUGUAUUAACAUAAUAUCAAUAUUGUAAAUGGGAUGGAUAAAGUUGCAUUAGAUAAAUUAUAAAUCAAGAUUUAGAUUGUGAAUUAAAUAAAAGUGAUACUACUACUAAAUAUAAUGGAAAUGUAUGCUAAGCAAUAUCAAAGCCAAAUGUAUCUUGUAAAUACAAUGCAUCAACUCAUCGAUGUGUGAAUAGUGAUGUGAAUGAUUUGUGUGAAUCUCCAUAUAUAAAUUUAUUUGGAUGUGUUAGUAUAACAAAACCUGGAAUACCUUGUUAAUGGACUUUAAAUGGAUGUAUUUAGAUAGAAAUUAAGUCACUUGAAACUACGUGUAAUAGUUUAUAAUUUGCAAAUCCCAAUGCUUGUUCUUAGGUGUAUGAGAAUUCUUCAAUAGGGUGCUAUUUUAAUUAAGCUACAUCUAAAUGUGACAGUAUUGAUACAAGUUCAUCUAUUGGUUAAAAUUUACUCAACACUCUUGAAUGUUAAAACAAAAAAAUAGGAUUAAACAGAAUAGCAUGUGCAUCCAUUACUACAUAAGGAUAAAUUUGCAGAUGGAAUCAAAGUUAAUGUUAAUAAAUAAGAAAGAAGGUGGAUGUAGCUUAAGUGGAAUGCUUAAAAAUGCAAUUUGUUAAUCCUCAAGCAUGUGCACUAGUUGAAUAUGGAAAAGAACCAUGCAGAUACUUAGAGGUAGAGAAGAGUUGUGUUAAUUCAGUGAUCUCUUCUAUGACAUGCAAUACAGCUGGGUUAAAUACAUAUGCAUGUGCUUAAGUAUCAGGCAGUUGUUAUUUUGAUACAGAGUUGAAUUAAUGUAAAGAAUUAGACUCUGCUAAUCCUGAUAGUGCAGCCCAGGUAACUGAGUUACUCUAAAACAUGUAAUGCUAAUCUAGUUCCCCCACUAGAGAUGUUUGCACAUAGAUAAUAACUAUUGGAUAAUUAUGCUAAUGGUCAGAACGAUAAAGUAGAUGCUUGGAUUAAUCAGUCUUAUUAAAUCAAAAGUGUUCUAAUUACUCAACUGAUGUUAAAGUAAAUGCUAAUGUUUGUGCUGCUAUUGAGAUGGAAUUUCCAGAUUAUGAUUUCAGAAUUGGAAUUAAUAGUGAUGUCGACAGAGGGUAUUGUAAAUUUAUGCCUGAGUCAGGUACUUGUUAAAAGAAUACUGAUUUAUGCACUACACCUUGUUGUACUGAGAAGAUUGGAAUCAAUGCUCAUUCUUGUAGUAGAUAUUCAUCCUAAGCUGUUGGUGUUUAUUGCUUUUUUGGAUCCAAUUUAAGAUGUUAGCAAUUGACUUCAGAUAUUGUUGAUAUUUCAAAGCCAGAUGUGGUCAAGAACUACUACAAUUCAAACUAGAUGAGAUGUUCUUAAAUGAAUAGAAAUUCAUGCCAUAUGAUUGAAUGGUCAACAAAGCAAUUAUGUUACUACAAUGGAAAAUCCUGUGUUAAUAUAAAUUACUCUAAUUAUGGAAAUUUAGAUGUUUUCAUAUAAUUUCCAGCUAUUCUAAACAAAUAUGGUUGUCUAGCAAUAGAAGCAACAAUCACAAAUAGAAAUACUUUAAAAUACUUUUUAUACGAUGAUAUAAAUAAAAGAUGCAAACCAAAUAUUUAAACAAAUUAUGCUACUUGUAAUGCAGCAGGAGGAAAUAGUAAUGUAUGUUUAAGAUUCACCCCAAAUGUUUUAUGUAAAUGGAAUCCAAUUUUAUUAACAUGCUAAGAAAUUACUUCUGACGAAUAUGAUGAAAUUUAUACAUGUUCAUAUAAUCAGAAUUAUAAGGCAUGCAUUGAAAAUCCAAACACAGCCUGCUAAUUUUCAUUUACAACUGAUAAAUGUAUUGAUGCACCUACCGAUGUCGAUUGCGAUUACUUUAACUCUAAUGGUCCAGUGGGUUCAACUGCUUGUGAAAGAAUUACUAAAGAUGGAUAAUUAUGUGAAUACAAUUCAUCUACUUAAACUUGCAAGUAUACAAACAUGUCAAGCAAUAAGUGCUCUGUACCAGGAGCUAAUUCUAUAACCUGUUAUAAAAACACAGGAGGGUUAUGUAGAUGGGAUCCUCAAGCUUAUGAAUGUUACGAGAACCAAACUGAAAUUUCAUUAUUGGGAUGCGAAGAUUAUAUCAACUAGAAUUUGUGUAUAUUAGUAACAAAAGAACCAUGUUAUUGGGAUAAUACCAAAUUUAAAUGCUUAAAAUUAACAUUAACAGAUAAAUAGUUUGUUUCAUCGAAUAAUUUAUAUAAUAGACUAGGGUGUUAUUCAAUUACAGGAGGUGCCUUCUAUCACGAUUCUGAUUACACAUGUGUUUCAUUAUCAGCAAAAAACAAAGAUUGUUAAGCUUAUUACUUAAACGAAUAUGCUUGUUUAUUUCAUACCCAAGGUCACAAUUGUUACUUUGAUUACAAUUAAUCUCCAUCUAGUCAUAAGUGUAAACCAUUUAAUAGUGACUAAACUAAAUGCUCUUCAGCCAUUGCAAUCAGCGUUGAAGUUUGUAUGCAAAUACCAUCCAGUUGUUAUUUCAAUUUAAAUACACUCAAAUGUGUUGAUGUUGAAAUUACUGAAACUUAAACAUGCACUAAUCUUAAAUCAUAACAAACAAUUGGAUAUUAUUACAAUAAAAUAGCUUGUGUGUCAAUAAGUCAAUAUCUAGAUUAAACAGAUGGAAAUAAGUAGUGUUUAGGAGCGACUAAUAAUGUUUAAUAAUGCAAUUUUGAGAAAUAUUGCUUUUGGGAAACAGCAACAAAAACUUGUGAGAUUUUGCAGCCGACAUAUAAUUAUAUAUUUUAUUCGAACUACAGUUAUAAUUGCUAAGAUGCAAAUGGCAAUAGUUCUACUUGCACACGAUCGUUAUGUGUAGAGUAAGACUUAAUAAGCAGUAAACCAAUUUGUUUGGAUACAUAUUCAAGAGCUCUAUGUUUAGAAAUGGUUUCUGAAUAAUGUUAUUUUGAUAUCAAUUAAGGCGGGUGUCUUUCUUUAAGCAAUAAUUAACAUAAACUACCUGAUUGUUCUUCAAUAGUUUAAACAUGUAAUGUGAGUUCAACCCCUGGGGUAAUAUGUGAGCUAACUUCAGCAGAUCCAGAUUAAUAACCAGGAAAAUAAUGCAAAUCCCUAGUAAGAAGCAUCAGAAAAUGCAUCAACAAUGGUACUGUCCAAUUAGGAUUAACAUGUAAUGACUAUAAAGAUGAAAGCAGUCCAAUAAUUUGUGCAUCUGCCACUGAUGCAUGUAGGUCAAACAAUAAAUGUAUAUCAAGUUAGCCAAGUAUUGGUUAAGGUGAUGUUUUAUCAGACAAAUGCGAUAAAAGUAUGAGCAAAACAAUGUGUGAAGCUAUGGGCUGUAACUUUACUAAACUUAAUUAUUGUUAAAAGACAGAUUCAGUACCUUAAAAAACUAGCGCUAAUAAAUAUUACUUAUGCUAUGAAGUUAAUAAACUUUAACUAGCCAAUCGAGAUGCAAUCUGUAGUUAAGUUGAUUAAUCUUGCAUUUACUCAAGUAAAUGUGAAGAUGCCACAGGAUUUACAUGUGCUUAAUUGAUCAGCAAUAAAGUAAGCAAAAAGGCUUGUAUUAGUUGUUCAGGAUCUAAGGUUAAAUAUGAUCCUGUUACUUAUAGAUGCUCAGUAGUAACGACUGAAACUUUUACUUCAUGUGAUGGAAAUCUAAAUUAAUCAGCUUGUUUAAUCAAUACUCCAAAUCUUCUAUGCAAAUGGGAUUCAAAUUAAUGUACAUUGAUUUCAAAUUUGUCGGAUGAAACCAGUAAAGAUUGCAGUAUAUAUAACCAAUACACAUGCCCUUAAUUAACUGCUGCAAACUGCUAUGUUAAUAUUUCUACUUCCCUUUGUUCUCCAUUUAAUCCUUUACUUUCUAAAUGUGCUGAUAUUAAAUUAAAGUAAUUGUGCAUUUAAUCUAAUUUCGAGAGAUGCAAAUGGGAUAAUACAAAGACUGAUAAUUAAUGCGUUGGAGUUACUUCAGAAACAGAUUAUACAGACUGUAGUAUUGCAAAUUAAUAUGGUUGUUUGAAUAUGGUAUCAAAAUAGUGUGGUUGGUCAUCUGAAAACAAUGCUUGCUACAGCUUUAAUAAAGAAUCAAAUUUCAAUUAGUGCAAUGACUUUGUACUAAUAGAUUCUAGUAAUCAGGAUAGAAAUCUAGUUACAUUUAAUAGUUUAGUAUGUUCUAAGCUAGCAAUUGACAAGGCAUGUAUUAGAGAUGAAUAAUAUAGAUGCAGAGAAGCUGUUUCUGCAGAUAUUUUGAAGUGUAAUUCUCCUGGACUUAAUAAAUAUGCAUGUGUGAAUAGGGCAGUCGGUAAAUGCAAAUAUGACACAACUUCAUCUUCUUGUGUUGAGGAUUUGACUACUACAAUUGGAUGUUCAGAUUAAUUAAAUGUAGAAGCUUGUAUUAAUCAAGAUGCUAUUUGUAAAUUUGUUAGUAACACUUGUUAAACAUAUGACAUAUCUACAUAUCAAACCGUUAAAGAUAGUGAUAAAUUUCCCUAUUCGAUGAAAGUAUGUUCAUAUUUUGACAAUAAAAUAACUACAAGCAUUGUUUACAGUUUUGAAAAGAUGAGAUGUGUUAAAGCAACUAAUAGAGAACCAUUUAUUACUAACUGCUCAUAAUUAGGAAUUAAUAAAUUUGCAUGUUUAAAUAAAACAACUGCCAAUUGUCAAUAUAAUUAGACCAAUAAACAGUGUCUUUCAGUAACAAGAGAAAUGCUUACUAAUGCUAAUACAUGUGAUCCUACAUUUAAUUGGGCAGCCUGCAUAUAGAUUAAUGCAAAAUGCCAAUUUAAGGAUAAUUAAUGUUAAGCUGUUCCCGAUACGACAUUGUGUUAGGAUUUGUAAGAUGCAUCAAUAACUACAAAUUAGGUAGUGUGUUUAACAAGACAGAAUGCAACUGAUAAAGCAUGUAAAUGGAACACUCAAACUAAAGUAUGUAAUGUUGUCGACGGUUCAACUGAAGUCUGCUCACAACCUGGUUUGAAUAAAAAAGGGUGUAUCUUUAAUACUUUAGGAUCAAUGUGUAUUUAUUUAGAUGGUUAAUGCACAGAUAAUUAUGAAAAUGUCAAUUGCACUAGUCUAGUAAAUAAGGACAAGUGUUACUCUAUCAGAACCAAAGGAUAAUAUUGUAAAUUUGAUCCAGAUUUAGGUUGUAUUGAUACACCUUAGACUACUUUAGCAGUAUGUUUGAAUACAUUUAAGACAAAUCCAUUAUCAUGUUCACUAAGCACUGAUAUUCCUUGUUUCUAUGAUAAUACUAACAAUGUUUGUAAGAAAUUUGAAUAUCCAAUUGAUUCAAAAUAUUCUUUAUUUUAUAGUUGGUCUAAUAGAUUAUCAUUUAAUAAGUAGGCAUGUUUAAUGUACGUUGAAAAUAAUUUAGCUGUUUACUGGAUGGAUGAGUGUCUUGAAAUUCCAACAAGUGAAUUUAGUUCAUUAACAUGUAAUAAACCAGUUAAUAAGUGGGGUUGUUUAAAAAUAACAAAUCCACUCUCAAAUUGUUAAUUUAAUUUGGUAACAUCAACGUGUGAAGAGGCAGAUUUAUCAACAUUCGUAACAAAAAGUUGUAGUUAAAUUGUCAAUGUUAACAAUGGCCGAUUUUGUGAAAUAAACAAUACUGCUAAAAGUUGCUAAUAUGAUAAUGCUAAUCGUGCAUGCAUUGAAGUUACAACUGCUAUCACUGAGUGUGAAAAUAAGGGAUAUAAUAAAAUAGCUUGCAAUCCUGAUACUACCCCUUGUUAAUUCUAUAAUAACAAAUGUUUUACAAAAUCAGCAACAGGUAAAUUAUUUUGUUCGGAUGCCGCUUCUAAUCUUGAAGAUUGUAAAAACGUAUAAAAGGAAGGAUGCGAUACCUCUUGUAAACCAAUCCCCGAUUAUUCAACAAUUAACUGUGAGAAUGCUAUCAAUUCAUAUGGAUGCGCAAAAAUUGUUAAAUCUUAACAAUAUUGUAUAUUUACAAAUUAGAAAUGUACUUUUACCAAUCCUAAAACACUUUAGAGCACAAUUUGUAAAAAUAUAACUAACAUCAAUAAUCCAAUAUUUUGUGAAUAAUCAGGAGAUGUAGGUUGUUAUUAUGAUCAAGAUUCUCAUUCAUGUAAAACUACUAACAAUAAAAGUGUGUUUGGAUGUGUCAGAGGUAUCAAUUAAAUAGCAUGUUUGGCAUCAACAACAUCUACUUUAUAAUGCAAAUUCCUUGAUUAUUGUUAUGGACCCAACUCAGCAUUUCUUAGUUGCGAUGUGACAGCCAAUUUAGAUCCUAAUGCAUGUUGUUAGAAUGCAAGCACAAUAGAGUCUUGUCUAUUUUAAGAUAAAUUAAAAUGUUCUUGGAAUCCUAAUACAUCAGCAUGUGUUCCAUAUGUGGCUGAAGAGUUGGAGUGUGGAAUGAUACAAUUUAAAUCAAAGUAGGUUUGUUUAUCAAAAGUGGGCACUUUUUGUGUUUUUAAUACUGAAUUAAAGAAAUGUGAAUAGAUUCAACCAGUAUCAUGCAAUUAAGCAUAAUCUUAUUAGCAAUGUUAAUCAAUUGAUAUGAUCCCCUGCAUUUGGGAUAAUUUGUAUUAGAUUUGUAAAUAUAAAGUGAAGGAGAAUCAAGAUGAAUGUGAAGAUAUUAAAUAAGGUUAUGGAAAUAGGUUGGCUUGUCUAUCUGUUGAAAGAUUAGGCUAAACUUGUUAGUUUAUUGGUGGUUAAUGUGAAACCUACAAUGAAUCAAAAACUGACAAUAAUUGUUUAAGUAAUAUCAAUAAAGUUGCAUGUACCUAAUAAUAAUCUAGUAAAUGCUAUUGGAAAUACUCAGUUAUUAAAAUUAAAAAGACUUCAUGGAGUUAAGAAACAGACUUAUAAAUUGGAGAAUGCAAUGUAUUUACUGAUUUUAAUACCUCAUCAUGUGAAGAAUAUUUAAGUUACUUAUCCUGUUUAUCAGUAUCAACAACAGGUAAGUAAUGCAGAUGGUAGAGUGGUAAAUGUUAAUAAAUUGAAUUCAGCAAAUCAUCCAUAUUUUCACCCAAAGACCUAAUUUUAGUGAACAGCAAUGCCUGCAGUUUAAUUAAUAAUGGAGAUAUUGUAUAGUAUAAUCCAAAAUCAUAUACUUGUAAAUUGGUUAGUGACUUACAGUCGAUAACUUGUCAACCUCUAUCUGAUGGUAUAAAUAAAUUGGCUUGUCUCAAAAUAAAGUCUUAAUCUUGUUUAUGGGAUGAUGUCAGUUUGAAAUGCGUAUUCAAAAACACUAGAUUACUUGUUGAAGAACAAAUUCAAUAGAAUCGAUUACUGUAAUCUUCCUUUACUUGCAAAAGAGAUGGCAUAGGUCCUAAAUUAUGCAAGUAACUUAAUUUUGAACUUCCUUGUGGUUCAGUUGAUGACGGAUGUGACUUAAUUAAUCUCAAUACUGCAACAUGUGAAGAUCCAGGAUUAAAUAAAUAUGCAUGUUUAAACCUAACCACAGGACCUUGUGCUUGGGUUAAAGAUGAUGAUUCUGAAUAUUAUCACUGUGAGGAAUUCUACCCAUAUACCACUUGUGUAGACAUCGAAUACAGCAUUAAUUCAUUAGCUUGUACAUAUGUAGAGGAUGAUCCAUGUGUGUAUAAUAAAGUAAAGAAAAACUGUGAAACUCCUACAGUGUAAUAUAAUGUUUGUGAGGUUGAAGGUAUCAAUGCAAUAGCAUGUUCCAGUAUUAAAGGAUGUUUAUUUAAAGACUAAAAAUGCAUCACUUGGGAUCCAAAUUAUAAUCUACUUUGUAAUCAAGCAGAGAAAGCUAAUCAAUCGAUUUGUUAAUUGGCUAUUGAUAGAUGUAAAUAUAGUGAAUUGACUUUUGGAUGUGUUGCAUCCACUAUUACUGAUAAUUGUUAUACAAAUGGUUUGAGUGCUCUUGGAUGUAAUGUGCUUGAUGAAUGUUCUUGGAGUAGUAAUUCUUGUCAAUGCAUUUCUUAUUAAACUAAAUUUCCGGAUUGCAGCAGUAUUGGUGAAUACACAAAAUGUGCUAAUAUAGAUUACUGUUACUUUGAAGUUUCUUAAUCAAGAUCCAGUAAGGAUAUAACAUAAUAUUUAAAAAACACCAAUUAUGGAACUUGUAGAAACAAAACUUGUGCAGACGUAGAAGUCAACAAAUGCAAUUCUACUACUAUUGAUCAAACUGUUUGUUAUUUGAAUUCCAAAGCCAAAUGUUUAGCAGCCAAUAAGUGCGAAGACAUCUCUGAUGCCUCAUUAAGUUGUUUACAAUAUGAAGUAAACAAUCAAUCUUGCAGAAGCAAAUCAAAUAAUACUUGUUAGACUUUAGAUUGCAAUCAAAUCAUGGAUAAAUCAGAAUGUGAAUUAUACACUAAUGAAUGUGUCUUUGCUGGAUACUGUAAAAAAAUAUCAUGUGAAUAUAUGGGUAAAUCUUAAUGUUUAGUUAAUAAAUGUGAUUGGAAUUCAACUUUAGAAACAUGUUAAAUACAAUUAGAUUGCUCUUAAAUUACCGUUGUUGAUACUUGCAUUGGUAAGAGAUAAGGAGAUUAUCAGUGUGCUUGGUUAACCACGAUUGGUGGAUAAAAAUAAUGCACUUCUACAGGUUGUCGCUAUCUUGGUUCAUAAUAAGGAGAUUGUAUGGGAACUCAUAUAGGAACUGACGUUUGCGUUCAAAUGAUCGAUUUUUCUUGUGUUGCUUGUUAAGAAAUCAAGGAUGCUUGCAUUUGUCUCAACCAAUCUCAAUUUUGUACGUAUGACAAGAUCAGUUAAAAAUGCAGUUCAAAGAGUUGUCAACACCAUAAUAAAGACGAUUGUCCAGUUACUCAUUGUAAAUUCAACUCAAAUACAAAGAUUUGUCAACCUUUGUGUUAAUACAACUAUAAUCAAUAGUAAUGCAAUCAAGAUGAUCAAUGCCUUUGGAAUACUACUAAUCAAAUAUGCGUUGCUUAUAUCAAACCAGUUGUAAUCGAAUAAAUCAAUCUGCCUUCGCCCGAUAGCAAUAGAAUUUUAGAUAUCAUUAUUCUAAUACUCAUUAUGAUUUAUUGAUUAUAAAUGAUAUUUAUUAAUCAUAUUUUAUUAA